AUGGCUCUGGGAUCCCUCGUCAACGCCUGCGUUCCAAGCAUCUUUGCUCCUACGGUCUUCGGUGCGGAAGUUUUUGAAAUUUCGGCGUCUCUAGUAGCAAAUUAUAGCCUCAAUAUCCCGGAAGGCUACGUAUUUACGGCACCAUUGCUCAAAGUCGAGCGGGCCCACUUCUACAAUGUCACCGUCGCUUAUACUCACCCUAGAUAUGAUUAUGAGAUGUAUGUAGUAGGAGGCGGCGGAUGGGUGGCAGGUCGCAUUGAUUUAUCAUAUAUGGGUUCACCAGGGGCAACGUAUGAUGGCUACGCCUCCAUUACCACCGACGCCGGGCUGAAAAGUGCCACGGAUCCAUUUUCUUGGGUUUCGACUAGUCCUGGGAAUGUCGAUUGGUAUAUGCUAGAGGACUUUACUUCUAAAAGCUUGAACGACGAGCCUCCAAAGAAUUCCUAUUUCAAUGGAUGCUCAGAGGGCGUCCGACAGGGCGUCAUGCUGGCUCAAAGGGUUCCAAAGGCGUACGAUGGCAUUUCUGCAGGCGCACCGGCGAUAUACUGGUCAGAUGUGAUGCUGAAUAGGCUUUUGCCAGAGCAUGUUAUGCGCAUGAUAAAAGAAUACCCUCGUUGGUGCGAACUAGAUGCCAUCACCGCCUCAGCAAUUUCCAGGUGUGACGGAUUAGACGGUGUAGUAGAUGGCAUCAUCGCGAGUGUAGAUGAGUGCAAGAAGCUUUUUAAUUCGUUUGACCUCGUUAACACAACCAUUGCUUAUGAUGAUACAGCGAAUAAUAUCACCCAGGCGGCGGCGGAAGUAGCCAAGGCAGCAUGGGAAGGCAUAAUAUCUUUAACGAGAGAGAAUCUAUGGAAUGGGAUAAACCCGGGAAGUGAUCUGACGUCUACGGACUGUUUUAAUGGAAGUUGUACCAUGGGACACUCUAAUCCUUUGGGGUGGUAUUGGUUGACGCUAGUUGUCGUGAAAGAUCCCGGUUUCAACCUCUCCAAUCUUACGUUAGAUGAAUCCUUAAGCCUCCCGCAUGCAAGUAGACAAGAGUGUUGUUUCGCCAUUAGUACAGAAGACCCUAAUAUUUCCUCUGGAUUCCCACUAUUAGCUAUUAAAAUGGGAAUGUUAAUCUUCGCUUAUUACAUGCAGGCCGACAUUAUCAUACCACCCAAAGGUACCGAGCGAUACUACCAAGAAGUUUUCAGAAAAGUUAACAACCUCCAAGCGUGGAUUGAAGAUGAAAUUGCGCCUGACAGUUCGCCGGUUUCGUUUUCCAAUUCCAAGGGUGUGAUUUAA